UCUAAACGUCAUUUACGUCACUCAUUUCAAAAAAGUUAGGUUAAGUUGUCAAAUCCAGUUUCACGUAUUAUUUUGUGUUUGGUUGUAUGAACGAGUAAUAUUUCCUUAUAAAAUCUUUAAUUAAACUGUAGCUAUUAAAAAUGUUUCUCUACCAAGGCCCUGUGAAGGAAUUGGACGAUAAAUUCGUCACUUUAAUUGGUAAAUUUGUAGCCGAUAUUAAACAUGGGAAGAUCCGAGGUUCUACCAACAGAGUGCUGGCGAUGGUGACACUGCUGGAAACCAUAAUCACAGAGUCUCAAUAUACUACAGCCGUAGAUCUAUGCGGCGCCAUCCGUGCUGCUGGUCGGCAGGUAAUGGCUGCUCUUCCAAACGAGCUGGUGAUAGCCAACGUAGCUAGGAGGCUGCUCAGAGCCAUCCGCGAUGAGAACAGAGCUCAAGGGAAUCAGGGCAUAGAAGGUUCUGGAGAGAGUCUACAGCGGUUGGUGCUAGCGGCUAGCGCUCGGCGUGCCACGUUAGGUACAGCCCAGCAUGAUCUGAGAGAACCUUUGAGAGAUUAUAUCGCUGAGCUGCGAGGCGAGCUGGAAUCCAGCAUAUCUAGUAUAUGCGGUCAGGCCCGGGAACACGUACAUGGAGACGAGCUGAUCCUCACGUACGGAGCCAGCCCCAUCACGGAGAGGUUCCUCCGCGCUGCAGCUCCUCGGAAGUAUAAGUUGAUAUUGGCUGAAGGACCUGAUCCUACUGAGAGCCAUGCGAUGGCUAACCGUCUGAGUGCAGCCGGGGUGCCGGUGACCGUCAUCAGCGCAGCUUCCAUCUACGCUGUCAUGUCACGAGUUAAUAAGGUGGUGAUCAGCGUGAAGGCAGCGCUGGGUGGUGGCGCUAUACUGUCGGAGGCUGGUGUCUUCUCCGUCACUCUAGCUGCUAGACAUUAUCGAGUACCUGUGCUGGCUCUAGUUCCCCUAUACAAAUUGUGUCCGAUACACGACUUGACUCCCUUCAACUCAUCCGGUUCGCCUCAUACAGCACUGUCAUACGACCACCACGAAGCCACAAGCGACAACGUGCACGUGUACGCUCCGUUGUACGACUUCGCGCCGCCAGACAACGUCACCCUGUUCAUUACCAAUCUUGGCGGCAGUUCCCCAUCCUACAUGUACCGUAUGCUGUCAGAAUUAUACGACCCCAGCGACUACUUAUUAAUAAUCCUUGUGCUUGCAAAAGUGUCGCAGUGCAGUGUGUCAGUGUUGUGUUGUUUGGUGUUAGUGAGGCGGAGCGGAGCGUUGAGCUCCGGCGUGUCGGCGCGGAUCGAUAAAACGAGCUGGUAUGGCGCAGAGGUCAUGAGCCAGGGGGGCUCAAGAAGGCCCUAUUCGCGCGGGGGCCCGCGCUGGCACCCGCGUUACAAGGACUACUGGGACUACGAACAAAACUAUAGCGAUGGCAGCAGCGCAGGCAGUCCAAAAGAGGCGUGCGUGGCGGCGUCCCCGCCCCCUGCGCCGGCGCCGGUGAAGCGCGACGUGCGCCACCACCACCCCCACUCCCAUCCCCAGCAUGUGCAGCACCAGCCACACGGGCAACACGUCCAGCAUCCACAGCACAUGCACCAUGAACAACAUUCAAGACCGCUUAGUAUAGGCGGCGGAGCGGGCGGGUCUCGGCGCGCCGAGCGUCGGGCCGCCGGUCCCUCCGAAAGACGCCGAACAGAGAUGCGAGUCAGUCCAGGAGGUGCCGGACCUUCGGCAGACCCUCCACACAUGAUGCAUCAUCACCAUAUGGAUACCAAUCCCUUAGAAGGCUCAGUGGAGUCCAUGGUAAGCGGCGCAGGUUCCUCAGACGGGGAGCUAUCUUCGAAGGCUGGAGACAGCCCCAGCAGAAAGCGGAGGCGGAUCUCCAGACAUCUAUCGUCAGGGGAGAGCAACGUGUCAGUGUCAGCGCCGGCCGUCGAGCGACGCACGCCCAGGCAUCACUAUCAACCUCCCCGGCGGAUGCGAUACGUGAACAACGGUGCGGGCACAUGGGCGGAGAGGCUGAUAGAGCCUCACGCGCAUCCCGCGCAUCCAGCCCAUCCCGCGCAUCCAGCGCAUCCCGCCCAUCAUACGCAUCACACGCACCACGCACAUCCACAUCAUACGCCAUUGUUACUGGAUAUCAAUCAGAUGUCAGUCCGCGGCACGCGGCUGGGCGCGCUGGGCGGCGUGGGCUGGCACCACGCGCAGCACGCGCAGCACGCCACGCACGCGCGCGACCACGCGCAGCGCACGCAGAUGGGCGGCGUGUACGCCGGGCUCCAGUACCACGGAAGCUUCGCCCCGCCGCCACCGCCCCGAGGUCCCUUCGCGUCGCCACCGCAUCCACACACACAUUACAUUACAAAUUCUCAGCGAGCUGAAGGCGGUCGGCUAGAGAUGGUGGGAGGCGGUGAAGGCACCCUCUCCCCCCUGCAGCCGGCCACCGACCUGCAUCACGCACCGUUAUUACUUGCCACUGAGGCGCGAGGAGCUCCCAUUGAGCUGAUGGCGCCUCACCACGCGAGGCAUGCACUCUCGCAUCAUCACCACCGUCGCAGCGGCGGUGGAGUUGGCGUGAAUGUAGGGGGAGGCGUAGGAGUGGGAGUAGUAGGGGGAGGAUCCCGCGCGCGACCCUAUGUACGACACGCGGCGCGGUGGCCACAUCAUCCACUGCACCAUAUACAUACACAGGGCGGCGGCGGCCUGGUAGGCGCGGCGCUCCCCGCGCACGUCCAGGCACAACUACACGUCGCGCAACCACUCUCUCUGCCGCCACCACCACCCACUUACCAGGUGUUCUUAAACCUCCUGGCGAUGUUCCCCCUAUCCCCCUACGCUGAAGCAAGGGGCGCCGGCGAGGAAGGCGCCGAAUCCACAGAACCAGAAAACUACGAAGCCCUAUUAUCACUGGCGGAGCGCCUAGGCGAGGCAAAGCCCCGGGGCCUUGCUAGACACGAAAUUGAAGCCCUACCAAGCUACAAGUUUGCCGCAGCGACGCAUCGCGGCGAACAGACGAGCUGUGUAGUGUGUAUGUGCGAGUUCGAGGCCCGGCAGUUGCUCCGCGUACUUCCUUGUGCGCACGAGUUCCAUGCUAAGUGCGUGGAUAAGUGGCUAAGGUCAAACAGAACCUGCCCUAUUUGCCGCGGCAACGCAUCAGAGUACUUCAGCAAUACGGAGUGACUUACAUACAACGACACAUCUACAAAUAACAAUAACAUACUGUCUGUCUUUCAACUCUUAAUACAAGCCAUGUAUAACAUAACAUAAAAUUGGUCAGAAGUUGGGGUCACAAUUAUAUGUGUGCACCUUUGUAAAAUGAUUUUUGUAACAUUACGUAAUUGAAAAGAAUCGUUUUCAAACAUAAUAGGGACGAUGACGGAGUAUGAAAAUUAAAAAUCUAAUUAGUCCGUCAGUUAGGUAAUG